AUGUAUUCCACUGACCGAACAGUUUCAUACGUCGCGCUGACAACUUAUCUUAAGAAGAUAUUUUUGAGGACCUUGUAGCGUCGUGACUCGUGAUGUCUCAAGAAAGAGUGCGAGGACUCAGUUAUCGUCUGACCGUCGAGGAGUUCGAAAUGGACGUCAGGGAUUCUCCAGAAGCGAAGAAGAGGCAUCACCUCAAGCAACGAGAGGCAGGCAAUAAUAGUCAAGAUAAUAAUUCACUCACAUCUUCUAGCUCAACUGAUUCAGGUUAUUUCAAGGCAAAUCAGAGAUCGUCAGAUUCCGUCUCCAGUGAUGCCGGAUUAACUUAUGCCUGGCAAAACCUAAACGUGUACGGUACUAAAAAGACCGGCGUCAUCCGAAGAAAGAAGGAAGAAAUUCACAUCUUGAAAGAUGUAUCUGGGCUAUGCAAAGGUGGUCAGUUCUUGGCUAUUAUGGGGGCGUCUGGUGCUGGAAAGACAACUCUGCUCAACAUCCUAACUUUCAGAGCCAUGAAAUUGCGACAAACCGGCAACAUCGCUAUCAACGGCCAUGCAGCGGACUCGUUGACGAUCGCUGCGGUGUCUGCCUACGUUCAGCAGCUGGAUUUGUUCACCGGCGUUUUCACCGUCCGUGAACAGCUCAACUAGUUGAGUUUAACGAAGUGCGCCAAUACCCUCAUCGGAGUGCCCGGCCGGGUCAAGGGCAUCUCGGGCGGCGAGAAGAAGCGGCUGGCGUUCGCAUGCGAGACAGGGGCGGGCAUGGAGGAGCAGUGUCGGGAGUACGUGCAUCAAGUGUGUGAUAAUUUCAGAGACCACGAAGGCGUACAGCUCAUGGAAGACGUCCAGCAGGCCAUGCUUCCUCCCCAGGGCGACGACCCGCUGGCAGCCAUCAAGAUCUCCAAGGAUCCUUACCGAUCUACCUUCAUUGACCAGUUCUCUGCACUAACGAGGCGAUCUUAUUACGAAAUCGUCAGGGAUCCUGUAGUGACUAUAAUAAAAGUGGCCACGUCCAUCUUCUUUGCCAUCAUCUUCGGCUUGAUCUACUUCGAUGUCGACCCUUCAGAUCCGAAUGGGCAUGGAGUGCAAGAUAUCAGCGGUGCUCUCUUCAUAUUCGUUACGAAUAACACCUUCUCGAACAUGUUCCCAGUUAUCACUAUAUUUGCUGCCGCUAAACCUCUGUUCCUGCGGGAACAUUGGAACGGACUUUACCGCACAGACGCCUACUUCUUGUCCCGGAAUAUCGUCGAGUUGGCCAUCUAUGUGACCUUACCGUGCAUUUUCGUGUCCGUCAACUACUACAUGGUCGGAUUGAGACCAGAAGCGAAGUACUUCUUCACGCACCUGUACAUCCAGGUUCUGGUUGCCAACAUCGCCGUAUCUUACGGCUACAUGGUAUCGUGUCUAGCAAAGGACUACAACACGGCCGUGGUUCUGUCGACGCCUCUACUGCUGCCACUCUUCCUCUUCGGCGGCUUUUAUGUACAACCGGACACCAUCCCGGUGUACCUGGACUGGAUCAGCUACCUCUCGUGGUUCAUGUACGGCUACGAGUGUCUCAGCAUCAAUCAAUGGCAAGGACUGGAAAUAACUCCACCUAACGGAACCGUGUUACCACCAGGCGUCACCGGCGGUGACGUGGUGCUUUCUCGUCUGAGCAUCGAUCCGGACAAUUUCUACAUCAAUGUUGGAGCGAUGAUCAUCCUACUCAUCGGGUUCAGGAUUUUGGCAUUCUUGCUGUUGCUCCGCAACACUUACAGAAAAGAUUAAGAUAAUGCGCUUCGGUCGUGCUUUUUGUAACCCGUUGUGUCUCACACUUGCACAAUUAUGUAAAAAAGCGCAAAUGUGGUUUAAGAAUAAAAAUAGCGGUAUUGACCAAUUAGCUCUAACGGCAACUCGAGUCACUACAUUCAGAUGCUAAUAAAAUGAAAUAUUUAUAGCAUAGAGGGUAAUUUGGAGCCCAUGUUGGUUCGCACCAACGACUUGUGAAUGGAUUAGUGGAUAACAGUUGCAACAAUUGAAUCUAUAUGUCUUGAGUGCUGUAUGUGGUGUCGAUAGUAGUAUCUAGAGUUUGAGGUAAACGUGGAGUAUGGGCCAUGGAGUUUGUUGUAUAAGCUUAUCUAAACGCAGAAGCGUAAAAGCAGUAAAAUUAUUAUUAUAAUACUUUGAAUUUUAUCAUUAUUUUGAAAAGGAAGAUUGUAUUAUCCAAAACAAGUUUUCUGAAAUAUUUUAUGUAUAAGGUUUCGCUCUAAAUUAAGUGUCAUAUCACAACGGAAACCUGGAUAACGGAAUCAAUUUAUGCGCUCAGCAGUCUAUAACAAUGUGUUAACUGUUGAAAAUAGGAGUCGAUUGACUCGGUUUGAUUUGGAUUGAGUAGGUGAAAUUGAGCAGAUUUUACUGGAUACUGGAUGAUGUACUUUUCUUUGCACCAGACUGACAUAGUAGCUUAAACAUGUAAAAUUAGCUUUUUAGACGAAUGUUUGUGCCACUUUGUUGCAUUUUGGCUAAGAAUCCUUACGUAGCUAAUGUGUUACAUGUACGUAAAAUCAUAAUGAAUCUUGACUGUGUCGGUUUUUCGUUAACGUUUCUUCAUCCCUCAUUAUAUGCCUAUGGUAUUAUCGAGUUGAACGAGAUUUAUUUAUCAAGAUGAUUGAACUAGUCCCUACCUAAUGUCGAUGGAAAUACGUAGAAUAAUUAGGCUAAGAAAGUUUAUGGUAUCUCAUCCUACACUUUUCCAUUCUUUUGCUUGUGAUGCAUUUUGUCAUUCCGCUCGGAGCGCCCUUGCUUAAUAAUUUGUAUCGCAGCUUGAAGCAAAACAUAUAAUGUGUUAAAAUUGGGCUCGUUACAAAUAAGCAUGACUUCCCAACCAGACUAUACCUUGAGGAUUUUAAGCUUUUCAAAUGUCUCUUAUAUUACCGACCGAUUACCAGCCAUUCCCAACUCGAAUGUCUACCAUUGUAUUUAAAAAAAAAUGUCAUUCUCAGCAACCAAACGCAAAAUAGUAGAUACAUUUGUUUCACAGUUUCUUUAUUGUAUAAGUAUAUUCUUACCUAAAAUUUCUUCUAUGUAAGGCCUCAAACUAUCAAGUAAACCGACACCGAAAAGAGAGAUUAUGCGUUGUACCUUUUAGUUUAGAAAAGACUCCAAAACUUG